GCUUCAUGAAUCAGGCUUUUCUCCAGCAGCUCUGCUGUGGAAGCGUAACAAGUUAGGUAAGAAGUGUUUGCUAUUGAAACCUGCAAGAUGGAAGUCAGUGCUGGAAUUCAGAAGAUGUCUUUGGGACAGCAGACUACGGGAAGAGGUGCUCCAUGUAUGAGGUGCAAGGGGAAUUGUAAAGGAUAUAAGCCGCAUUCCUGGAGGAAGUUAUGUGAAUGCUGCCGUUGUCCUCGUGAGGAGCAUGCUCUAUUGACUGAUCUAGAGGAAGACUACCAGAUUGGGCAACUGCUCACAGACUCUCGAUACUCAGGGCUGACAGCGCGUGUGAAAGGCAGCGAUGGUGCACGGGUGUACAAGAGGAACCGCAUGAUUAUCACCAACCCAAUCACCUCCCGCAAGGACCCCACCUUCCUAACUGUUACAUAUGAGUGGGCACCCCCUGGACUCAACCAAAAACUGGCCAUGCAUUACAUGGAGCUGAUACCCAAGAAAAUGCAGCCUGUGGCUGGUACAGAAGGGGCACAUUAUCGUCGUGUUCAGCUGAUGAGGCAGCUUCCUUCCCAUGACCUGGAUCCUGAACAAUGCCAUGGACUCUCACAGCAGGAGCGACCAGCCAUGGAGAAGUUUGUGAAGCAGUACAAAAAGAACGCAUUGGGCGUUGCUGAAGUGACUUUGCCUUGUAGUGCCAAGCAACAAGAAGAUGAAAAAGAUGGUGGAAAAACAAAAGCAACAAAUGGCACAGAGGAGGAAGAUGUGGGAAAAUCAACUUAUUUGUGUGAGCUGUGCCAGCAGCUUAUGCCCGGUGAUGCCCCUGCUGUGUAUGCAGAGCGGGCUGGCUAUAACAGACAGUGGCAUCCAUCCUGCUUCAUAUGCUGCCAGUGCAGACAGCCCCUUGUGAACCUGAUAUACUUCUGGAAAAACAACCACUUGUGGUGCGGCAGACAUUACUGUGAGAGCGAGAGACCACGAUGCACAGGCUGUGAUGAGAUAAUAUUCUCUGAAGACUACAAACAACUAGAGGGACACUUUUGGCACAAUGACCAUUUCUCUUGUAUGGUCUGCAAGGAAACAUUCGAUGGAAGGUCUUACGUUCUGGACAAUGCGCAGCUGCUUUGUGACCGUUGCAGCAAAUCCAAAAACAACUGCAGCUAGAGCAAAGCACGCUCAGUUCUCUGGGUACUGGACUGUUAAAUGCUGGUGUAGACAGGAUCUAGAGUGCUAGCUUUCUCCCAAAUCACUAUAGCCUAUAUAUUACAAAUCUUACUAGUUGAGUGCAGAAGUGAUCAUGCUGACUAAGUCAUCUCAAGUGCUACAUUAGAUAUCUAAUAACUCUCCAGUAGAGACUUAGAAAGAAGGCAUGUUGGCAACCUUUACUUUCAAGGCUGCAAAAUACAGUUGGCAAAAGAAAGAAAUAAGUUUGUAACAUAAUCAAUAAACAGUUUGCAUAAACAAAUCCCACUAAAAGAGAUUACAAUAGAUCCAAGCCACAGUAAAAAUGCUCAAUAAAAGCAUGUUUGUAUGCAUCCAGAUGUCUCUUCUGCUCACAGAUAGCCUUCAGAAGUAAAAUCUACAUUGGGUGGCCCUGAUUCUUUAAACCAGUUGUGAGCCAAGUGGCUCCAUGUCUGCUUUGCAAGUCUGCCCUAUUAAAUGCCACCUUACCUUUCCCCUUAGGGUUCUGUACGGCUUCCUUAUAUGUUGAGAUGACUACAUUAAAAUAUAUAUGCCUUAAUUUAGACAAGUGUUACAGCCAGGUAAUAACCCAGAAGAGUGGAUUAUAAAAGUACUGGAAUACUAACAAAAUUUCAAUAUAUUAUUUAUUUUUGUAUGUUGUCAUGGAGUAAAAAAUGCAUUAACAAGCAUGUGCAAUGGGCAUUAUAAAAUGCUGUCAUGGGAUGUAUAUAUGACUGCUUUCACUGUCUAUUUUAUGUUCUCAUUCAUCCAUAAGUAUCCAUACAUUGAAUCUUUUGACUCUGAUAUUGUCAUAAGACCCCCAACUCAUUACAUGAUAGGCUUUGUCUGUGGCCCUAUCUUCUGAUACAAUUUUAAGAGAGUGCGGGGGAUCUGUGAAUUCAGAUUUCUAUUUUUGGUUUACUCUCAGCCACAAGAAGGUUCUAAGGUCAACAUGAUAUGAAUGCAACAUAAAUGUAUUCAACAAAGAACCAUCAUCGGAUCUCACGACAUAUAUACUGACUCAUCCGUCACUGAAAAAAGUUGCAAUAAAAAAAAAAAAUAGGUAAACUAAACAAUAAAUGUAUUCCUUUAAACAGUACAUUUCCAAAAUAAAAAAAAAAAAUGGCCAUGUAUAUUUGUUUAUAUCAGUUUACUAUUUUCUACAGGCAAAGAGAAGUCCUUUUAUUUAAUUAUUUUGAAUAAUGUCAAUGCAUUUUUAAAUAAAAGGUCCUGAUUUUUAUUUCAAUGUUCAUAUCUCUCAAUUAUGAAAUAUUAAUAGCGUUGGCUGCCCCUUUAAUAAAGGAAUAGAUCAACCAACAUUUUUCAGUGUAUAAUGCACCUUAGCAAAGAUAACCUUUGCACAAACAUUAUUGUAAGAUAUAUACAUGUUAAAGGACCACUCUAGGCACCCAGACCACUUCAGCUCAAUAAAGUGGUCUGGGUGCCAAGUUCCCCUAGUUUUAACCCUGCAGCUGUAAACAUAGCAGUUUCAGAGAAAGUGCUAUGUUUACAUUGAAGGCUAAUCCAGCCUCUAGUGGCUGUCUUCCUGACAGCCACUAGUGGCCGCUUCCGCAAGCCUUAAUGCGAAAAUCGCAUUGAGGACACGCUGGAUGUCCAUAGGAAAGCAUUGAGUAAUGCUUUAAUAUGAGUGGUUCGGAGCUGACGUCAGCAGGGGGAGAAGAGG